UUACAAGAUAGCCACGAGUGACUCACUCAAUCCGCUCUUCUUCCCAGCUCUGCCGCGUUUUCCUUUCGUACUUCUCAUCAAACUCCGCCGGAAUCUGAAAAUCUCCGGCAGAUAUGGCUUCUGACCUGCCGAUGAGCCCUCAUUUGGAGCAGAUCCAUGGAGAAAUCCGUGACCUUUUUCGAGCCUGGGUUCCAGAGGUUUGAUAAGGUGAAGGAUUCUAAUAGACAAAGCAAGCAACUUGCUGGCAAGAUGAGAAACUCUAAAAGAUGUUUCUCUUUUUUUAGAUGUUUCUGAAUCGAGUUUUAAUGCGCGCUAAUCUUGUAAUGUAUUCAAAUUAGGUUGGUUAAAUAGUUUGAUUGUGAGCUCAAAGAUGGGGAAGCUCGAAACUCUCCUCAAGUAAAUAAGCAAUUGAAUGAUGAGAAACAAUCUAUGGUGUUUUGAUGAAAUUUAUGGAGGUACACUCGGCAACAAGAAAGUUGAUCUUUUUGGUAUGGGAGCUGGAUUCAGCAGUGAAUCCACAGCAGAAGAAAACGUACAAAUGUCUUCAUCAAUGUCAAACCAAGAGCUUGUCGAUGCUGGAAUGAAGAGGAUGGACGAGACUGACCAGGCUAUUGAACACUCUAAACAGGUUGUUCAUCAGACAGUGGAAAUCGAUACUCAAACCGCAGCUAAUUUAAAGGGCCAGGCGGAUCAAAUGGGCCGGGUUGGGAAUGACCUAGACACAAUUCAGUUCUCUAUCAAGAAAGCUUCACAGCUGGUUAAAGAGAUAGAGAGACAGGUUUCCAUAAUCUAAUCUCCCUGGAGAUAAGUUUCUCAAUGCAAAAGCUAAUGAAGCUGUAGCUACAGAUACAUGCAUAAUGACGUUCCUGUUUCUGAUUGUAGGUGGUGUCAUAGCCAUUAUUGUUGUGAAGAUCGUGAACCUAACAACAAAGACAUUAGAGACAUCCAGUGAUUAGCUCCUCCAGCGCAAUCGAAAAGGCUAUUAUACUUUAGGGAUCCAGACUAGAGUACAUCAGCUUUUGGCUAGACUGAGAAAGGACACUCCAUGGUCGAGAAGGGUUUGGUACAUAUUACACUUUGUGUUACAUGUAUGCUUUGAUGUUAAUUUGAAUCAGAGUUCCGAUUAGUGGUUUGUAUUAUAUCAUCAUUCUUUUAACCCUAUGCCCGUUUGUAAAAGUUUCAUAACAAGUUCUCACUAAUAUUAUUCUUUUC